AUGGUUCUCACUAAGUACAAAGCUGCAGCUGUCACUUCGGAGCCCGGAUGGUUUGACCUCGAAGGUGGCGUCCGCAAAACCAUCGACUUCAUCAACGAGGCCGGGCAGGCCGGUUGCAAGCUUGUAGCUUUCCCUGAAGUAUGGAUUCCUGGGUAUCCGUACUGGAUGUGGAAGGUUACGUACCAGCAAUCUCUUCCGAUGCUUAAGAAGUACCGUGAGAACUCCAUGGCCGUGGACUCUGAGGAGUUCAGGCGCAUUAGGAGGGCUGCGAGGGACAAUCAGAUAUACGUCUCCCUCGGCUUCUCCGAGAUCGAUCACGCAACCCUCUACCUCGCCCAAGCCCUCAUCGACCCCACUGGCGAAGUGAUCAACCACCGCCGCAAGAUCAAGCCCACACACGUCGAGAAGCUCGUUUAUGGCGACGGUGCCGGCGACACCUUCCUUUCCGUCGUCCCUACGGAGCUCGGUAGACUUGGCCAACUCAACUGCUGGGAAAAUAUGAAUCCGUUCCUCAAGUCUCUUAACGUCUCGGCCGGCGAGCAGAUCCACAUCGCCGCAUGGCCGGUUUACCCUGGCAAGGAGACGCUGAAGUAUCCCGACCCUGCGACCAAUGUUGCGGAGCCCGCGUCUGAUCUAGUGACGCCCGCGUAUGCAAUUGAGACGGGGACUUGGACGCUGGCACCGUUUCAGAGGUUGAGCAAAGAGGGCCUGAUGAAGAAUACGCCGGAGGGGGUGGAGCCUGAGACGGAUCCUUCGACCUACAACGGCCACGCGCGUAUCUACAAGCCAGAUGGCACGCUCGUGGCUAAGCCUGACAAGGACUUCGAUGGGUUGAUGUUUGUCGAUAUCGACCUCAAUGAGUCGCAUCUCACCAAGGUGCUCGCUGAUUUCGCGGGACACUACAUGCGCCCCGACCUUAUCCGCCUCCUAGUAGAUACUCGUCGCAAGGAGCUUGUCACUGAGGCUGAUCCUAAUGGUGGUAUUGCUACAUACUCUACGCGCGAGCGCCUCGGGCUUAAUGCUCCUCUUGAGGAUGCGAAGAAGCGAGGACCGGUAGGCGUUGCGGGAUCAAACAGCGACUUGGACAAGCACGACCUCUAA